AUGGCGACCUUACUCCCUCGUACUCUUGGCCUUGCCGAAUCAAUAUUUUUAAAAAAUGGAACAAAGAUCUUGGUAGGAACAUCAGCAAACAAUGUUCCAUACAAACAACAAGUCCGACAUCUUAAUGUUCAUGAAUAUAUCAGUUAUACACUACUACGGGACCAUGGUAUUCCGGUACCAAAAUUUAAUGUUGCGAAGACUAAGGAUGAGGCAGUUAAGUUUGCCACAGAACUUAAUACCAAAGACAUAGUAUUGAAAGCUCAGGUUCUUGCUGGUGGUCGAGGGAAAGGAGCUUUCAAAAAUGGACUUAAAGGCGGUGUCCGUAUGGUUGAUAAUCCAGAAAAGGCUGGAGAUCUUGCUAGCAAAAUGUUGCAACAGUAUUUGGUGACAAAACAGACAGGCGCUGCUGGACGUAUUUGCAAUUUGGUCAUGGUUACUGAAAGGAAGUUCCCUCGAAGAGAAUUCUAUGUCGCAAUUAUGAUGGAACGCAGUUUUAAUGGUCCAGUUAUUAUUGCAUCUUCUCAAGGUGGGGUGAACAUUGAAGAUGUGGCUGCAGAAAAUCCUGAUGCUAUCACUUAUGAACCUAUUGAUAUUAUGGCAGGCAUUACUGAAGAACAAAUUUGUAGAGUGAUAAAAAAGAUUGGUCUUGAGGACCAUAUUGAAGAAGCUCUUGAAAUGAUAAAGAGAAUGUAUGACCUGUUUUUGAAGAAAGAUGCUCUUUUGAUUGAAAUUAACCCCUAUGCUGAAGAUGCUUUGACAGGCAAAUUUUUCUGCUUGGAUGCCAAAUUUCGUUUUGAUGACAAUGCUGACUUCAGACAGAAGGAGCUAUUUGAAUUGAGGGAUUUGACUCAGGAAGACCCAAAGGAAAUUGAAGCUGCAAAAUAUAACUUGAACUACAUUGCAUUGGAUGGAAACAUUGGGUGCAUGGUGAAUGGGGCUGGUCUUGCCAUGGCCACUAUGGAUAUUAUUAAACUGUAUGGGGGUGAUCCAGCCAACUUCCUUGAUGUUGGAGGCGGUGCCACUGCACAGGCUGUUUCGGAAGCAUUUAAGAUCAUAUUAUCAGAUCCAAAAGUAUCAGCUAUAUUGGUCAACAUCUUUGGUGGCAUCAUGAGAUGUGAUGUAAUUGCUGAGGGAAUAAUUACAGCAGCAAAGAAUCUUAACAUUCAGAUACCCGUGAUUGUUCGUCUUCAGGGUACAAAAGUGAAUGAAGCGAGGAAGCUUAUUGCCGAUUCGGGGCUUCGCAUCGUACCGCGCGAUGAUCUCGACGAAGCCGCAAAGCUGGCGGUGCAGCUGUCCGAAAUUGUAGCGCUAGCCAAAAAGGCUGGCGUCGAGGUCAAAUUCGAUAUCCCCAGAUACAUGCUCGAGAAG